AUGGCAUCGUCCGGCGACCCCGGCGCGCGCGCCGUAGCCAAGCAACUCAAGGUGCUGAUGCCUCCUUCCCUCCACAAGCUGCACAUUUCCGACGAGCUCGCCGGGUGCUUCGAUGCCGCCGGAGGAGGCGGGAAGCACGCGCCAGUGGCGCUCGUCGUCAGCCCGUUCGGCAAGGUCUGGCGCGUGGAGGUGGGCCGGGACGGCGAGGGCGCGUUCCUGGGGCGCGGGUGGGCGGACUUCUUGGCCGCGCACCGUAUCGGCGUCGGGUGGUUCAUCGUGCUCCGGCACGAAGGCGGCGGCGCGCUCACCGUUAAGGCGUUUGACACCAGCUUCUGCAUCAAGGAGUUCGGUGCCCCGGCUGCAGUUAUGGCAUCCGGAAGCAGCAAAGAGGUUUCAUGUAAGCCGCAGUUCAUUAGGCUUGUUCACCAGGAUUUCAUGGAAAAGAUGAUAGUUCCUGCUAAAUUUGUAAAACAUUAUGUCACCAAUUUUACUGCCGUGUAUGUGCUAUUGCAGAUAAUUCCUGCUAAGUUUGUAAAACAUUAUGUUGCCAAAGAGCAUCUCAACAGCCGGACAGCUGUUGUUUUCAGCCCCCUCGGUAAAUUUUGGCGGAUCGAGCUCGAGAAUUAUCAAUCAGGAGUGUUCUUCACAGGCGGCUGGUCACAAUUUCUGGCGUUUCAUGGCAUCUCUGAAGGUGACGUUUUGCUCUUGAGAUAUGAAGGGAACAUGGUGUUCAAAUUCAAAGCUUUUGGACUCAAUGGAUUCCAGAAAGAUUUCAUGGACCAGGACACCAGAAUCAGACAAAAUCAUACUGAAAAGCAACACGAAGCACCUUCUCCCAGUAGGAAACGUAAAAGCGAUAACAAGAAGUCAAGUAUUGAAGAAAAAAAGAGGUCAAAAAGUUCCACGUUUUCCCCGAACAAGGUAUUGUCACCGAAGAAAACUGACUAUCAGACUGGACCAGCGUCUUGGAUAAGGAAGGAGAUCAACACCUACGCCCUUGAGCGCGUUCUUUCUUUGCCGCGGAGAUUCUGCCACCGGAUUGGGUUCCGGAAUACUUGCACAAUCACGCUGAAGACGGCAAUGGACAGCACCAAGUCAUGGCAGGUGCGUGGUACCGCAUCCAACAAUGCCCGCUACAUUUCUGGAGAGGGCUGGAAGAGCUUCUGCCAGGAGAACAGGCUGAAGCCAGGCAACCUGUGCACCUUCAACGUCAUCGAAACCACACUGUGGCAUCACGAGCAAAAGUGGAAUGAUAGAUGCUCUCAGAAGAAACAGAAGAUAACCGAUAAUGCAAGUCCGAGAUCCAAUACUCCUGGAACCAAUGAAAGUCGUCAUGAUGAAGAAGGGGAGGGUAUUAUUUCAGAGGCUGUGGAUGCAAGGCCAGAUGGUAAGAAGAAGGAGAAAUAA